UAUGUUUACUUUUACACCAUUUCAGCAUUGUACCCUAUUUUCAUGCCACCAUGGAAGGGCUUCGUAUUGGAGCACCAAUUGUGCAGGUUUAUCAUGAGAAAUCGUUUAUCUUACCUGAUGUUUCAAGGGUGCUUGCUUGCCUUUAUGAGAAGGAUGUCAAGUUUGAGACUCACACAGCCUCAUACAGGAGCCUACUCAGAUUGCAGGCAUCAUCUCAUGCUCCAGUUCCAUUCUAUGAUGGCCCUACUUUUCUAGAAGAAUCCAGAGAAAUCUGCCGUUAUAUAGCAGAAAAGUAUGAAAAUCAAGGAUAUUCAUUCCUCCUUGGAAAGGAUGCCCUUGAGAGGGCUUCAGUUGAACAAUGGCUCCACAACGAGGAGCAUGCUUUCAACCCUCCGAGCCGGGCCUUGUUCUGUCAUUUGGCCUUUCCCUUGGGUGAAGAAGAUGAUGAUAUUGAUGUUCAUACAAGGAAGCUAGAAGAGGUUCUGGAAGUUUAUGAGCAAAGGCUCAGUGACAGCGAAUUCCUUGUUGGAAACAAGUUCACUCUUGCCGACCUUGUUCACCUGCCAAAUUCCCACUAUAUCAAAGCAUCUAACAAGUUUCUUUACCUUUAUGAUUCGAGGAAAAAUGUAAGGAGGUGGUGGGAUGCUAUUUCUGACCGGAGUUCUUGGAAGGAAGUGCUGAGGUAUAUGAAGAACGUGGAGGAGAAGAACAAACAAGAAGAACUCAAGAAGCAGCAGCAGCAGCAGGAAGAGGCUCCUUCCACCGACCCAAUUCGGGUAGACUCGAGAAAGCAGAGCAGAACAGAGCCUCGGACAAUAUUGGUUCCUCCUGCUGAUAAUGAGUCAUCAGCUUCCAUAGUUCCUCGAACAAAGAAGCCUCUUCCUGGUGAUCACUUAGUGUCUACUCAACAAGGAAAAUCAAGAAAAAAUGUGCAUCAGUACCCAUCACAAGAUUCAGAACUGGCAACCUCACAUUCUGUUCCUCAAGAACCAAUGAGCAUGGAAUUGGUUCAAGAACGAGAAAGGACGACUCGAAGACCCUACACUGAUCAGAGUCAAGAUGUCUUCAAAGAGGCAAAGGUUGCUAAGUCUACACCAUCUAGUGCAAAACCUAUGUACCCUCAACAACCUGCUCCUACUUCAGGGCAUGGAGAAGUGGAAGAUACUUGGGACAAAGGGGUGAAAGGUAGAGAAACUGUUCCUGACCGACAACAAAUGUUGCAAAAAUGGGCAGGUACAGCCAGAGAGCAAGUUUCUGAUCGUUGGAAAGCAAGUCCUCCAUCAAGACAGGCUGCAGCUGAAGAUGUUCGUGGUGCCACUGGUGAUACAACACAGUCUGCAGAUGUUCUUGACACUUCCAAGAAAUCUAGAGGUGCCUAUGAAGAAGCUAAAGGCCCUGGCUCUGUUAAGGAGGAGAAGACAUCCUCUAUUUACAAGAAGAAGCCUCUGGUGGCACAAGACAGUCAGGAGCAAGCUCAAACUAUCCCAGCUGGUGAGAAAACAGAUAGUUCUAUACAAAAGCAUCAACAAGCUUCGGAUGCCCCAAAUACUUUUGUUGAGAAAUUAAAUGCUUCAGAACCAGCAAGAGUAAAAACUCACAGUGACUUCAGUGCUGAACAGCCAUAUAGAAAAGACACCACUGAUGACCAGAAAGUGAUACCACCUCUUUCGACUAGAGAACUAACUUCCCAAGUCCAACCUCCCUCUAAACCAUCGUAUGAUGAGAAGCCAACACCAAUGAGUCAGCAAAAAUCUGAUAAGCAAAGAGUGGAACCUCCAAUACAAAUAGAAGCAGAAAUAUCUGGUGUUCAACAUGCUUCACCAUCAUUUCCAAGAGCUUCCAUGGAUGAUCGUGCCACUAUCGGUGAUAAGUUUGCCAUGCAGUCAAUUAUUGAUGAAAGAGUUGGAGAACCAACACAAAUGCAAACAUCAAGUCCAGAUGCUCAUCCUGCUUCAUUACCUACUAAGAGAGAAACUCCUGAAGGUCAUGAAAUUGGUGAUUUAGGGCUUGCCAGUACACCUGGUGGCCAAAUAUCAGAAGCAAAAAAAGUGGGAGAUGACCCAGACACAGUCCAUGGAGAUGUUUAUUAUGUCAAUUUGUCAACUCAAGAUGUGGGCAAGGAUGCCUUCAAAGAACCAACGGUCACUGACUCUUUACCAUCUAGUGCCCAACCGAUUCAGAAAUCUGCUAUUACUCCAUCAAGGCAAACACAAGUUGAAGAAGCUAGGGAUAAAAGCAUGCAAAGUAGAGAAACUAUUCCUGAACAACACAAAAUGGUGGAAAGGAAGACAGGUACACCUGGAGAGCAAUUAUCAGAACGCCAGAAGGAGAUUCGUCCAUCAAGACAGUCAGCAGCUGAGGAUGCUCCAAUAAGUGAUGCAAUACAGCCUCCAGACAUCCUUGACACUCCCAAGAAAUCUAGAGCCACCUUUGAAGAAUAUAUAGGUCCUGGAUCUACAUUGCCCAAAGCACAAAUUUUGGAUGCUCAAGAUUCUCAGGUCACCAAAGGAGAAUCUACAGUGCCAACUACUGACCAAAGGAAGGACUGGAAAUAUGAAAAAGAUGAUGAAACCAUCGUGACUGAAGAAAAGUCACUAUCAACAGAGCGAUCUAGGGAGAUGUUCCAGGAAAGUGCAUCUACUGCACCUAAGACACAUCUUACCGAUUCUGGGGGCUCUAAUGCACUGGAAAAAACAUCCUCUGUUUAUCAUAAGGGUCCUCUGGUUGCCCAAGACAGCCAGGAGGAAGCUCAAGUCAUCCCAGCUGAUGAGAAAGUAGAUGGUUCUGCAUCAGAGCAUCAUGAAUCCUCUGGUACUCCAUACAGUUACAAUGAAAAAUUAAGUGCUUCAGCACCAGCCAGAGGAGAUAUUCAUGAUGGUCACAGUGCAGAAGAGCAACAUAAAAAUUACACUGCCGAUGAUCAGAAAGUGGCUCCAUCUCUAUCAAACAAAGAACCAGCAUCCCAAGUGCAACCUGCCUCUGAACCAUUACAAAGAGCAGUUCCUGAUGGGGAUUUGCCUAGCAAAUCAUUCACCAUUGAUCAAUGGCAACGCAUGGCUGCUUCAUUACAUGGUGUAAUUAUGGAUUCUGCUGAUGAUGAGGCAGCCAUAUCUCUUAACAAUGAUCAAAAGUCAAGACCCAUGAAUCAAGAAGCAGCUCCAAGUUCACAGAGUGUCAAUCAGAUGGCCAAACAAUCUGGUGAGCAAAGGGUCGAACCACCUGUACCAAUUGUUGUAGAAGCAUCUGAUGUUAGACGUGCUGCACCAUCACUCCCAGAAGCUGCCAGAACUGAUGUUGCCACUAUCAGUGAUAAAUUUACUGAGCAGUCCAACAUUGAUGAAAGGGUGGGGAAACCAAAACAAAUGCAAGCACCAAUUACAUCUGCUCAUCCUGCUUCAAAAGGUACCUUGAGAAGAACUCCUGAUAGUCAUGAAGCUGGUGAGCUUCUCAGCACAUAUGAGGGUCAAAGAUUAGAGGCUGCAAAAGCUUCACAAGAUCCUGCCACAAUCCACGAAGAUGUUUAUGAUGCCAGUUUGUCAACUAAUGAUGUGGCUGUUGAUAAAAAGACAGCAACAGAUCAUGCUAUUGGUGAUGAGGUUGUCACAAGAUCUUUACAUGAUCAGCAGACACCGCGACCUGCAUCAACUCAAGCACAGCCAACUGCUGAGGCUCCACAAGACUCUGAUUCAUUCCAAUAUGUACGUACUGGUGACGUGGGAAAAACUGAAUUGGCAAAACCAACUGUAACUGAUCAAGAAGCAACAGCGCCUGCAGCUGGCCCAACAUCAGUCGAUCCCCAACGUGCUAACAUCAUACCAGCUGGAGUUGCCCAUUCUGAACAGAAAUCCACUCCACCAGAUAAAGGAUCAGCUCGUGUUGCACAACCUCCUACCCCUGUUGAACCAAUAAAGGAAGACGGUAAUGUUUCUGCAGCUAAUUAUACUAAUGAGCUGCAAAUGAGUUUUCAGCAACAGGCCAGAUCAUCUGCACCAACCACAAUAGGAAUUCCAGCCUCAGAUACCCAGAGUGUUAUAGGGAAAAUCCAGGUGGUAACUCCGGAUAAACAUGGCACUGAUGACUCAGGAAAACCAUUUGAUCUAAAUCAAGGACAUGUUUCACACGCAUCACAAGCAAUCCUUGGUCAAGAAGAACUGACAUCUCCACAAGGCGCAAGAGUUUUUCCAACGUCAGAUACCCAACAAAAUUUUGCUGCAUCAGAUGAAAAAUCUGAUAAGGCCUCAAAAUCAUUUGACUCUGCUGAACCAAGGGAAGAAGAUACAGAUGCUGCCACUGCUGACCAAACGACUGUACCACCGACAGAUGUUACUCGUCAGGUCACAAUCUCGACACCAGAUGCUAGUGACAGUGUAUCAAGGGAUCAGGAAUCCUCUCCUGACGAUAGUCAGACCAGAAAUUUGGGGAGCCCACUUAUUGCUAGUCAAGAAGAAGCCUCUCGUGCCGGAGGUGAAGGAUCUACUCCUGAAGUGCAUAGUACCAUUGUAGAUGAGAAGAAGACACUUCCAUCUAGCCAAGCACAAUCUUCAAGCACUGGGCCUGAUUCAAUACAAAUUGGUGGUGAUGCUCGUCUUAGUGAUGCUGGUGUGCCAGCCACAAGCUCUAUAGAGAAGCAAGAGGCAGAACCUCCUGCAGAAACACAAGCACCAACUUCUAAGGGUCUACAAGACUCUGGAAGUAUCGAGUCACCAAGACAAGCCUUAACUGAUCAAACCGUGGCACCUGCGAUGAACUCAGUGGCACCAUCCGAUUCUCCAGAAGGUCCAAAUUCUUCUCGAUCUGUACAGACCCCUUAUCAACAAGCCAUUACAAAAGGAGACACUGUUGUUACUGCAGCUGAUCAAGCCGAGAACAUGCAAACAAUAACUUAUCAACAAGCCAUUACACCUGUUCCAUACACAGCUAAACCUUCAUUCCCAGGUGCUCAGGAUGCAUCAAGGCAGGAAACUAUUCCUGAUGAGGGGCCAAUGGAAAAUUAUUCUCCUAAACCUGGAGCACAGACACAGCCACCUGCAGCAACUCUAGAUGUAUCACCCUAUGCCUCGAGCAAGGUUAAAUCAACUGGGCAAGGAGCCAAGCCACCAACAGGGCACCAAGCAUCUUCUCCAGAAACUCAGCUUGGUUCCUCACAACCAGGCGAAGAUGCCCCAGCAGUACAAAAAAUUGCUGCAUCAGAUGAAAAAUCUGCCACGGCCUCAAAACCAUUUGACUCUGCUGAACCAAGGGAAGAAGAUACUGAUGCUGCCACUGCUGACCAAAUGACUGUACCACCGACAAAUGUUACUCGUCAGGUCACAAGCUCAACACCAGAUGUUGGUGACACUUUAUCAAGAGAUAAGGAAUCAUCUCCUGAUGAUGAUCAGAUCAGAAAUUUGGGGAGCCCACUUAUUGCUAGCCAAGAAGAAGCCUCUCGUGCUGGAGGUGAAGGAUCUACUCCUAAGGUGCAUAGUGCCAUUGUAGAUGAAGAGAGAACACUUCCAUCUAGGCAUGAUGCACAAACUUCAAGCACUGAGACUGAUUCAACACAAAUUGAUGGUGAUGCUCGUCUUAGUGGUGUUGGUAUGCCAGCCACAAGCUCUAUGGAGAAACAAGAGGCAGAACCUCCUACAGAAACACAAGAGCCAACUUCUAAGGGUCUACAAGACUCUAGAAAUAUUGAGUCACCAAGACAAGCCUCAACUUAUAAAACCGUGACACCUGCGAUGAACUCAGCAGCACCAUCCGAUGCUCUAGAAGGUACUGAACCAGGUCCAAAUUCUUCUCGAUCUGUACAGACCCCUUUAUCUACUGGACCAACAAAAGGAGACACUGUUGUUAGUGCUGCUGAUCAAGCUAAGGACAUGCACACGAUACCUUAUCAACAAGACAUUACACCUAGUUCAAACACAGGUAAACCUCCAUUCCAAGGUGCUCAGGAUGCAUCAAGGCAGGAAAUUAUUCCUGAUGAUGGGCCAGUGGGAAAUUAUUCUCCUAAACCUGGAGCACAGACACAGCCGCCUGCAGCAAUUCUAGAUGUAUCACCAUAUGCCUUGAGCAAGGCUAAAUCAACUGGGCAAGGAGCCAAGACACCAACAGGGCACCAAGCAUCUUCUCCGGGAACUCAGCUUGGUUCCUCACAAACACAAGGCAAGGAUACCCCAGAAGAACAAAAUAUUGCUGCAUCAGAUGAAAAUUCUGCCAACACCUCAAAAUCAUUUGACUCUGCUGAACCAAGGGGGGAAGAUAUUGAUGCUGCUACUGCUGAUCAAACAACUGUACCACCGGCAAAUGUUACUCGUCAGGUCAUAAGCUCAACACCAGAUGCUAGUAAAACUUUAGUAAGAGAUUUGGAAUCCUCUCGUGAUAAUGGCCAAAUCAGAAAUUUGGGAAGCCCACUUAUUGCUAGCCAAGAAGCAGCCUCCCGUGCUGGGCAUACUUCUGAUGAUGGAUCUACUCCUGAAGUGCAUAGUACCAUUGUAGAUGAGAAGAAGACACUUCCAUCUAGCCAAGAAAAAUCUUCAAGCACUGGGCCUAAUUCAACACAAAUUGGUGGUGAUGCUCGUGUGCUAGCCACAAGCUCUAUAGAGAAGCAAGAGGCAGAACCUCCUGCAGGAACACAAGCACCAGCUUCUAAGGGUCUACAAGACUCUGGAAAUAUCAAGUCACCAAGACAAGCCUUAACUGAUCAAAUCGUGACACCUGCGAAGAACUCAGCGGCACCAUCUGAUGCUCUAGAAGGUACUGAACCAGGUCCAAAUUCUUCUCGAUCCGUACAGACCCCUUUAUCUACUGGACCAACAAAAGGAGACACUGUUGUUACUGCUGCUGACGAAGCUAAGGACAUGGAAACAAUAACUUACCAACAAGCCAUUACACCUGUUUCCGACACAGCUAAACCUCCAUUCCCAGGUGCUCAGGAUGCUUCAAGGCAUGGAAGUGUUCCUGAUGAUGAGCCAGUGGGAAAUUAUUCUCCUAAACAGACACAGCCACCUGCAGAAAUUCUAGAUGUAUCACCGUAUUCCUUGAGCAAGGCUAAAUCAACUGGCCAAGGAGCCAAGACACCAACAGGGCACCAAGCAUCUUCUCCGGAAACUCAGCUUGGUUCCUCACAAACACAAGGCGAAGCUGCCCCAGCAGAACAAAAAUUUGCUGCAUCAGAUGAAAAAUCCGCCAAGGCCUCAAAAUCAUUUGACUCUGCUGAACCAAGGGAAGAUACAGAUGCUGCCACUACUGACCAAACGAUUGUACCACCGACAAAUGUUACUCAGGUCACAAGCUCAACACCAGAUGCUAGUGAUACUUUAUCAAGAGUUCAGGAAUCCUCUCCUCACGAUGGUCAGAUCAGAAAUUUGGGGAACCCACUUAUUGCUAGUCAAGAAGAAGCCUCUCGAGCGGGAGGUGAAGGAUCUCUUGAAGUGCAUAGUAACAUUGUAGAUGAGAAGAAGACACUUCCAUCUAGCCAAGCACAAUCUUCAAGCACCGGAUCUGAUUCAACACAGAUGGGUGGUGAUGCUGGUCUUAGUGAUGCUGGUGUGCCAGCCACAAGCUCUAUAGAGAAGCAAGAGGCAGAACCUCCUGCAAGAACACAAGCACCAACUUCGAAGGGUCUACAAGACAUUGGAAAUAUUGAGUCACAAGGACAAGCCUUAACUGAUCAAACCGUGGCACCUAAGAUGAACUCAGCAGCAGCAUCUGAUGCUCCAGAAGGUCCAAAUUCUUCUCGAUCCGUACAAACUCCUUUUUCUACUGAGCCAGCAGAAGGAGAAACAAAUUCAACCAAUGAAGAAUCCAAGUCGCAACAGAAAGUUGGCCAGUUUGGUACUCAAUCAUUUAAAGAUAACAACAAAGAAGCUGAUGGAACAGUAAGGUCUAAUAUAUCGAGAUCAACUGAGGAACUCCAAGAACCACCUUCGAGGCCUAAGGGAGAAUCAAGUGAAGAACCAGAGAACCAACAACUGGCUGACCAAGCUAUUGUUAAACCACUAGAGGGUAAUGAGCAGCAAGCUGAACAGACAAAACCACAUGAGACUGCAAUUGCUGAGGAUUCGGAAAAUACCAAUCUGAAGAACAACAGAAUAUCACAAGUGGAAACUUUAGAUUCAUCAGGAAAGCAAGCCUCAGUAUUUCAGCAGCUAGGAAAGAACACAAAAGAUGCCCUCAACUCAACUGAGGAUGCACCAGGUGAUGGAAAAGCAGUUAGUAAAUCCGAGCACAGCUCGAGAUCUGAAGAAUCCAAGGUGCAGCUACAGUCUGAAGACAAGGCACGAGUUCCUGGAACUGAUGCACCAAGCUUAGAAACUGGGCAUCCUAGCAACGGAGGCCUUCAAGCAAAUAGCUAUCAGGAUAACAGUAGCCAAUCUCAGGAAGAAGCUUCAAACAAAUCUGUCGAGCAAUCUUCUGGUAUUCGGAACAAAGACAAUGACUCCAGCAGAUUGGAUGACUCGACCGGCUCCACCAAGACCGAGAGUUGAAAAACUAAGCCCUGGUAAUUGAUAAACCUUUGUGCUAUGGUUCAUCGACCAACACAUUAUGUGAGCAAGUGUUUUGCGAAUUCAUCGCUUUUCAAUUUUUACCCUUUUUUCUCAUUUGCUUAUCCGUUGUAAGUCUAAUAAGGUCAGCUCUGCUGUCAUCGUUGGGUUAUGCCCCCUGUAUUCUUGUGUUGUUCUUGUCCAAGUACAUUUUUACCUUUGAACAAUGAGUGAGAAUGCAAUGAUGUCGCCAUUCCUGUAUAUUAUCACUUACAUGUUUUUACAACAACAA